AUGGCGGAGAAACAAGUGGACGACUCGCCAUUUUUGAAAAAAAUUGAAACGUUCGAAAUAGCUGAUGGCAAGAACAAGAAAGGUGCCAAGGGGGAAGUGAAAAAUGUGUACCGCAGUUUGGACAAUGAAUUCAACUUUGAGCACGAGGAGGUGGCUCCGGAGGGGGGUCAGCCCCACCAUGCGAACGAGCCCGACCGUGCGAAUGAACAUGGUGCGAACGAAGAGGGCGUCAACCGGCAUGACGCGGGGCAGACGGGCAAGGGCGAGGCAAACAUAAGGACAAUAAAAAUCGACAGGAAGAAUUUGAAAAAAUUAUUUAGCAGUCAGUUCUUCACACAAACCCUCACUGACGACUCGAGUACCAAUUCCCUGAGCCAGAUAAAAAUUAACAAGCGCUAUGCAACUGGCGAAUUCUUUAAGGCUCUGUUUAUGUUUACCUUAUUCUUAACGACUUCCUACUUUGCCUUUUUUUACAUUUACAAAUAUUUCUUUGGGAGCAGUCACCUCUGUGGGAAGCUCGACCUGUACAACUACAAGUACGAGAACCAGGUUCGCUUCAUCCCUGGCGUGAGCGGCCCCAGACAUUACGUCUUCACGGGAAAAUUCCCUUUUGAUGUCAUGACGUACAAGGUGCGGAAGGAGGCCCUGAAGGAAAGCAUGAACGAGGAGCUGCAGAAGUACAAUCAAGAGAACCCAGACAAGGACCCUGUGGAGCAAAUCACAGAUCUCGACGAGCACCCCAUGCAGAUCCUCUCCUUUGUGAAAUACAAUAACAAGAUGAAGUGCGAGAAAAGUAUAUUUGACCUGUACAGACCUUUUUACUUAAAGUCAACAGACGUGGACAUCACACAAAAGGACUUUGUCCUGAGUGAAGUGAACUACGGCUUCGUUUCUAAUCCGUACAAUGUACCCGAGGCCAAGCUCUACACCGAAGUGGCAAAUCUCAUGAAGAAGAGUGAAGCAAAAAAUAAAAUUUGUUACAUGACUUCAUAUUUGAAUUCCUUGCGUGAAGACAAGGGGGGAAAUAAUGUGAGCCGGAUCCUGAGCGACGGAAGUACCACCACUUCAAAUGCAGAACAGACGACACAGAAGGAGACUCCAUCGAGUGAGGGUACCAACAAGGCAACGGAAGUCAUCACAGCAGCGUUUGAAGGUGCAAAGAAAUAUUUUAAAGGAACACCCAAUGGAGAAGAACAGAUCCCGCAGAAGAAGACAAAUGAGUUGGUUGUGGGGGCAGGAGCAAGUUACUUCAGUGGUGUGUUGCAAACCCCCAAAAGGAAAAUCGUUUACCUCUACGAUUAUUACGACAACAACUUCGUCGACCUGCUCGUGGCCAUUUACAAAAUGCAAUAUGGAAAUGAAUUCAGCGAUUUGAAGAUUUACUGGGAAGACUUAAAGAAGAAGUUCAAGGUCAUCAGCCCGGAGGAGAUCUACCUGCUCGAGUGGUACUGCCUCGGUGUGAACUACAACUUAAUUAAAAAUAAUAAUCAGUUCAAGUUAAACUGCGUUGAUCUUUUAAAAUAG